AUGACGCUUUCUGCUCCUAUAAAGAUUUACAGCCUCAGAAACCCUUACAUGGUAAUUUAUCCGCAGCAUUCCAAGCUUAGUGAUAAAGAAAAAACCAAUAUUUGCUAUUUGUCUUUUCCAGAUUCAAAUUCAGGUUGUCUUGGAGAUACCCAGUUUUGUUUUAGAUUUCGACAGUCUUCUGGGCGGAGGAUGUCACUACAUUGUCUCCUGGAUCAAUUUGACAAAGAUUUACCAGUUUACUUAAAGAAGGAUCCUGCUUAUUUUUAUGGAUAUGUGUAUUUCCGACAAGUUCGAGAUAAAACGUUAAAAAGAGGCUACUUUCAGAAGUCCUUGGUUUUGAUCAGCAAGCUACCGUAUAUUCAUUUUUUUCACACUGUACUAAAACAGAUAGCACCAGAGUAUUUUGAAAAGAGUGAACCUUAUUUGGAAGCAGCUUGUAACGAUGUGGAUCGGUGGCCUGCUCCGGUGCCAGGAAAAACAUUACACCUGCCUAUCAUGGGGGUGGUAAUGAAGGUGCGGAUCCCAACAUGCCAUGACAAGCCUGGAACAACUCAAGUAGUGCAGUUCACUCAGCAGGCACACACACACAUACCUGUUAUUUUGCCUACUGUUCACGAAGUGGAUCUUUUCGGGUGUUUCUGCCCAGUUUUCCUUCAUAGUCAAAUGCUGUGGGAGCUGGUACUGUUGGGAGAACCCCUUGUAGUCAUGGCACCAUCACCAUCAGAGUCCUCAGAGACUGUGUUGGCACUUUGUCUUACUUUUUAUUUGUUUAGGCCCUCAGUCAUAUUAGGAGUAACCAAUCCUUUUUUUGCUAAAACACUCCAGCAUUGGCCACACAUCAUUCGAAUAGGAGACCUCAAACCUGCAGGUGAAAUUCCUAAGCAGGUCAAAGUGAAAAAACUGAAGAACCUAAAGACUCUGGAUUCUAAACCUGGAGUCUAUACUUCUUAUAAGCCAUACCUAAACAGAGAUGAAGAGAUUAUAAAACAGUUACAGAAGGGUGUACAACAGAAGCGUCCUUCUGAAGCUCAAAGUGUCAUUCUCCGACGCUACUUUUUGGAACUGACACAAAGCUUCAUCAUUCCAUUAGAAAGAUACGUGGCAAGCCUGAUGCCUUUGCAGAAAAGUAUUUCCCCGUGGAAGAGCCCUCCCCAAUUAAGACAGUUCAUUCCAGAUGACUUUAUGAAAACACUCGAGAAAGCAGGACCUCAGCUGACCUCCAGAAUAAAAGGCGAUUGGAUUGGGCUUUACCGGCAUUUUUUAAAAUCUCCUAAUUUUGAUGGCUGGUUCAGGACCCGGCGGAAGGAGAUGACCCAGAAAUUGGAAGCACUCCAUCUAGAAGCUCUUUGUGAAGAGGACUUACUUCUCUGGAUCCAGAAACACACAGAAGUAGAAACAGUGGACCUUGUUUUGAAGCUCAAAAAUAAGCUGGUGCAGGCUGAUCGAGAUCAUUUACCUUUGAAACCUGAUACUAUGGAAAAAUUAAGGACACACAUAGAUGCAAUCAUCUUAGCGUUACCAGAGGACCUACAAGGCAUUCUGCUCAAGACAGGCAUGACAUGACCUUUGCCAAGAUAGUGCAGCCCAGAUGACUGUGAACCACGAAGCACACCGCCAUCUCACCCAGACGCACAAAAAGAGAUGUUUCCGUGGCAAAGAAGUCGCAGUCAGUGGUGAAUGUUGGACACGGGGUGGAAAGACUGUCCUGUCUGAACAGACUGCUUUAGUGCAUUAUUUUUGAAAGCGGAUCUCUGUGCGGCUCCACUUUAAUACUGAACCACCAAGAGGCAUUUCUAUAUUUUUAAUCAUGUUCUAAAGUGCUCUUAGGCGAGACCUGCGGGGCCAUCCGUGAUUCCAAACUGCAGUGCUGGCAUUGCAGGUAUUUUUUUAAAUCGGUGCUGCUUUGCCCAAUCAUGUUAAAACUCAGGGGGAUACGAAAAUAACAUUCACACUGGCUAUCUUCCACGAAGGAGGACGAGACUGACUUGUACAACUAGCGUUAGACGUCAUCAGUGCUUAUGGAGUGCCUUCCACUGUCCUACUUGUUUCAUGAAGCCUAGCUGCUUGUCUCGAAGCUUCUCUCUUAUCUUCAUUAUGAUGUAUAAUUUUAUAAGGCAUUCUACUGAGUAACCCGGAGCCCUGUUGGCUUACUGGUUACGAGUCUGGCUGCGAUCUGCAAGGUCAACAGUUGAAACCACCAGCUGCUCUUAGGGAGAAAGAUGGGGCUUUCUACUCCCCAAA